GCGCGCCAUGUAAAACACUGCCUGCUAUUUAUUUAGCUGUCUUUUGGACAAGAAUAUCAACGUAUUCUGUGGGAAUCAAGACAGCUGCACAAGUUUGAGAAGUGCAGUUUAAGGUCCCUGGACUGCUGUGGGGAGAUGCAGUGCCAGAGUUGUGGACAUGUUGCAGGGGAAGAGAAAGCAAAGUUCUGCAGUGAAUGUGGCUGCAAACUGCAGCAACAAACCCAACCAAGCAGGCCAGCAGAUAAUGGUGCUGCAGAGCCUUCCUCUGGUCCUGACUUUGUAAUGGAGAGUGGAGCUGAAGUGAAGGUGCUCAGUAAUCCAUCAGGAACGUCUCCUUCAGACAGCUUGUCUGCUUCAAAUUCAGAACAAGCAAAUGAAAAGCCAAGUGAGGAACAAAAAGAUAGUCCACGGAAGAAGAUGAAGCUCUCUUCUGACUUCUCCGUCAGUUCACUCAAUGAAAAUACGGCAAUCCAGCAAGGGUUUAGUUCUGAGGCACAGGGUGAUGCAGUGACAGAUACUGAUCCUGGAGUCGCAAAAAAGAACCUGUGUCACUCUACAGGUGAGCCGGUUUUAGAUCAGACAGCAAACAAGGGUGAUCAAUCCUCAGUGCAGUUAAGAAGGAAUCCGAUCAAGCCUCAGAAAGAGAGUUCUACUUCCCAGGCACAUAGUUCAGCUGAUCCCAAGAGUCAGGGGAACAGUGGGGAAAAAGGAGACCCAAAGUUGGGUAAGAGUCCGAGAGAAGACUCCCCAGGAAGCUCCUCGCCAUCCCAGGACCCAGUUAAUGCUGCUAAACCGAGCGUGGAAGGAAGCGUGCCUGCCCAAGUUUCCCAAACAUCUGCCUUAACAUCAACAGGUUCGGGCAGUGAGACUCGCCAUACAGACAGUAAAGAAAGCCAGGGUGUAAAAUCUUCAGAAAACAGCAAGUCUAAACAUGAAAAGAAUCAGAAUAAUGCUUCAAAUUUGAAACUGGCAAACAAAGAUCACAAUUCGAAUGUGACCGUGAAAGCUAAUCCAAUUGCAAAAUCUUCAAACACAAGUGAGCUGCAAAGCCCAUUGAAAGAGAAGAAACCUACUCCUGAAAGUGACUCACAGGACCAGUUAAAGAAGAAUGACACAGAUACAAGUGGUCAAAAACAGAAAAACACACAAACAGCUCAAAAUGAAAACGUAGAGAAUAUGGAACAAGAGCCGUCUGCCAACAGCGCAUGUGCUCAAGAGCAGCCUGAUGACAAAACACCUCCAUCGAAAUCACAAGAUCCCACUGAAGGGCAGCAAGAUAAUGAUGGCUUUAAAGUGGUGACAAAUAAAAAACAGAAAAACAGAAGGAAGAAGAGGCAGCAGCAGCCAGAAGAACCAUGUACCCAAAGUGACAAACCAAAACAAGAUACCACAUCAAAUAAACCAACACAAAAAUCGAAAAAUGAAAAUGUGCAGAAAAUGGAAGUACAGCAGUCUGCCGGCAGCGCAGGUACUCAACGACAACCUGACAACACAAGACCUCAGAAUAAGCAGAAGGAAGCACCACCCCAAAGGUUACCAGAGCCACAGCAGGUUCCAGCUGCUGACAGGCUCACCAUUUACUUCCACGCUGUUGUGUCUAAGGAUUUUAAACUAGACCCUAAUAAAGACAAGGUCUUCCUGAGAGCUGGGGAUCAAAUUGGUUCUUGGGACACAAAUGCAGUUGAAAUGUUUAUCUCUCGGGACUUAGGGAUUCACGGAUUCCUUGUUGAAGGACAGCUAAUAACAUCAAAACAGAAGGCUUGUCUUGUUUCCAUACCUUACAAAUAUGUUGUGUGUAGAGAAAAAGCAACAACUUUGGAGUAUGAGUAUAUUUACAAAUUUGAUUCAUCAGCAGUAGUCAACAGGUGCUUGUUUAUCAAGAGUCAACUUUUAAGCGAAGGAGGGGAAUGGCAUCAGUACGAUGAUAUCAUCUGUGUAAAGCCCUCCAGGGGACUGUUGAAUCAUGUCAAAGACAUUUUCUGGAGAAAGGAUGAAAAUGAAAAAACAGUAAAAGGGAGAGACAUUGCUGGAAAAUUCAUGCUGGAGACCAUCUUUGGUCUAUUAAAGAGCUGGAGUGAAAUAAACAUAAAAAGUUUUUUCAUCCAACUUCAGCAGUUUUUCGUGACGUACAAAGAACCUUUUGUAUAUGAAGACAAAGAAGAAAAGUGGAAGUCUCUGGGAUAUGGUGAAAGCCAGGUUAAGAUCCUACUAAAACAGUUCAUGAUUGAAAUGGUAGCGCCUCAUCUACAGAAGGAUGCUGAUACAGGGGGCGUUUUCAUCAAGGACCGCCUAAAGGCUGGAAUGAUUACACUAUUGAUCUCGAGUAAAUACAACAUAAUUUUAACCGCUGAGGACACAUCUAAAUUGUGUGACCUUUUGAUUUUGCCACAGAAGCCAAAGGAUGAGCUCAUCUUGUUCUGCAAAGACUUCAUGACGUGUUUUACAGGUGAAAUGACCCUUGUGGAAUCCCUUACAAUGUUUUGCUGCUCAGCUAUGCGUAAAAAAAUAGUCAAGUGGGUUCAGCUGAUCCCUCUUGUGCACUUGCUAAAAGGUGUAUGCAAGCCGUUUGAGCCCAUUCCAUUCAACGCAAACGCAACAUCUGAGGUUUCCUGGGCUGGGCUUGAAGGUCUUGUUGAAGAUUUCAGCAGAUCAAGAAAAAGCUUACAGGCUGAAGACAAAAGGGCUUUAAUGAAGAUCGUUUCAGCAAAGAAGCAUUUGGUGGAGAUCGACAAAAUGCUAGCUCGGUCGUGGCUCUACUGGCUGGAUUUAGAAGAUGUAACAGAAUAUAUUUCUGCUGUGCAUGUUGACCUUCUAGACAUUCUUCAAGGAUUCCUGUACAAAUUGAGUGGUGAAAUUACAUACUCACAUUAUGAGAAAGUGCUCGGUCUACUGAUGCACAUUAUCAGCAAUCUCAAUGAGCAACAGUACAGUUGCUCUGAAGGUGGCUACCAGGAGGCUUGCUUAAAAACAGCGACUAAACUUCUAGAAAGAAUUUGCAGAGCAACAAAAGAGCAACGCUUUUAUCCGAUUCCUGCCGCAUGUAUGAAUCUGGUUGUCAUGAUUUCAGAAAUGGAAUGUUUACCUCCACAGGCAAUGGAGAGUCUUGAAGAAGAAAGCAAGAAGAAAUUAAAGCAUGAAAUGCUAUUGGAGACCUUACAAAUUGAGAGAGAUUGGAUAAAAAGCACAUUUAGGAAUCAACUGCUGAACAAAGGCUAUUAUUAUGUACAAUUUAGUUCGGAUGUUGAAAUAGAGAUGUGGAGCAGUCUCAUUACACUCAAUUUUGGAGAUGCAGAAUUUACAUCGAAUUGGAAAAAGGUCCUUCUGAAUGAUUUGGAAGGAAAACUUAAACAGGAAAAAGCAAUGCAUCAGAUUGAAAUUUAUUGCAGUAAAAUUGAAGAAAUGAACCAGUUGUGUCCUCUUGUAUCCUGUUGCUUUGAGAACUGUGCACUUGAGGCUGUCAAUUCUAUUUGCCAGGAAAAAUCAGAGGUCAAGCUUUUUGACAUGAUAGAAAAAUUCAAGUUUCGGAAGAUUGGUAACCUGGUAUCCACGAUCAUUGAGAAGUCGUGGCCCACAGACCGGGAGGGAUAUUAUCUGGACGGUUAUGAUGUGGUGGUUGAACAUCUGCUCAGCUGGUCUGCAGCAAAGAACGUCUUCCAGUUGCAAGGUGGGGAUAGGAAGAUAAUUGACAAGCUCACAGAUCAAGCCAAAGAGUUAAUUGCAAUUGCAAGUUGUGCAUUUAUAGACAUUGCAAACCAAUUUCUUGCCGGAGAUAUACAGAUAAAGCAUCUCCAAAAAAUCUUGCAGAAGAAGAAGGACUUCCUUGUGCUUCUAAAAUUAAAAGGCUUAUCUGACAACGAAAGAUGCAAAGAUGAGUCCGCCAUGAAGACAGUGCUGCAGUGGCGUGAAGAGGAGGUUCGAACCAUCCUGCACGAAAAGGAAUUGGUCCACAGUUUUUUGACAAUGUGCAGGAAGAUAACAGAGUUUGUAAAUGUGGACAUUGAAGACCUGGAAAGACGAGAUUGUUGCAAGAUUGAGUUAGAGAAGCUGGAAGAGGUGGUUGUUGUGCACCGGUUGGAUGAAAUUUCUCCUGAAGAUGCUGGGAAGGUUCUAUAUUUUCAACUAAAUGAAGAUAUGAGAGAAAUGGCUGAACGCAUACACACCUUUAAAGACAGCUACAUUUUUCAAAUUUGCUGGGAGAAUGAAGCAAAAAGUCAGGCGGUAACCGACCCCAGUACAGAAGAGCUUACACCUGAUCCUGAUAUAGAAUUAACAGCUGACAUGAUAAAUGAGGAGAUAUUUGAGCCUUGCUUUGAAAGAUACACCAAUAUUUAUGAAGGCACAAGGGAAGGUAGUCUUACUUUAGCAGAGGUGGACACAAUCUUUGAAGCCUAUAAGAAUAAUCGCUAUGAAGAUCUGAAGCAGGACCUUCUCAUCAUGAGCAAACUACAGCAUUCAGAUGACAAGAGGUGGAUUGAAAGGAGGAUCCAACAGAUUCAGCAAUACCAUGAACUCUAUCUUGCUGUGGAAUCUGCCCAGGUCAUCAUAGAAGUGAAAGAGUCGCUGGGUCUUAAGGGAGAUUUCACAGUACUAGAGACUUUAUUGGAUGUGACACAUGAGGAUUUUAAGAUGGAGAAACUAAACCGCAUUGAUAAUGAUCUAAUACAGGCAAAACAAAUUCUAGUUGAUAUCACAGAAACUCGUAGACGAUGCUUGAUGGAGCUAAGACAGAGGAGAAACUUUGUCAAUUGGGUAAAAGAAGCUUUAGAAGAUAUCAAUGAGCUGAAAGUGUUUGUUGACCUCGCCUCCAUCUCUGCUGGUGAGAAUGACCUGGAUGUGGAUCGUGUGGCCUGCUUCCAUGAUGCUGUGCUGGGUUACUCCUCCAUGCUGUAUGACCUGAAACCAGAAGCUGAUUUCCAUGCUUUUAUGCAGUCACUGAAGAAACUCUGGAAGGCACUGGAGAGUGAUAAAAAUCUUCCAGAGAAACUGUGUGACACUGCAAGACAUCUGGAGUGGUUGAAAACUGUGAAGGAAAGUCAUGGAUCUGUGGAAUUAUCAUCCCUGUCUCUGGCUUCAGCAAUUAACGAGAAAGGCAUCUAUAUCAUCAGUCCAAAAAAUCGGAAAAAGCUGUCCCUGGACACUGCCCUAGAGCUGAAGAUACCUGAAGAGCAUGAGGACGGGCAGGAAAUGCGCUCCUAUUCUCUGGAGGACCUCAAAGAGCUGCAGAACAAACUCAUGCUGAUGUCUGGGAAAGGUGAACAGGGACAAUCUGAAGUGGAUAAUUUUGCAGAGGUUUUCUCAAAUGUCCAGAGGCUUGCUGUGUCUUUCAUUGACCUGUACUCUGCUGGAAACAUGCUCUUCAGGAAAUGGGAAGCUAAUGUGUACUGCUCUGAGAAUAACCAAGCAGGUGUUAUCAUGGAUUUCCACCUCAACAAAACAAUUGAGGAGAUCAUAGUUGAUGGUCCGAUAGUGGACCAGCUCCCAGAGAUAUGCAGAAAAAUGGAAAAAUGUUUGGAGUCUUGGCGGGAUUUCAUGAACGAGAAGAGAUCACAGCAUUAUUACUUGAACUACUACACUGCAGAGCAGAUUGUAUUCUUGUGUAGCAAGCUGUCUGCUGCAGAUGUGGACCAGCUAGAGAACCAACAAGUUAUGAUGAUGCUUUCAUUCAUUAAACCCAACUGUACGGCAACAGAUGUCCGGAAAGCAUGGCACCAGUGGAAUUAUGACAAACUGGAAAAGAAACCAAAGAAAAAACAAGAGGUGGACCUCCAGUCCUACAUUGAUGACAUUAGCAUGGAAGUUGACACCUCUGAGACCAACAGAAAAGUUACAUACAGCAUCCACGAUCUGCCAGUUAUAUUGUCCAGUGCCAAGGCAAUAGACAAGUUGGAUUUGGUUUGGAACUUUUACAUGAGAGAUAUGGAGUAUUUUCUGCCACAUUGCUUAGAUAUUGGCACCCUUGGUGAACUUUUAGCUAUUCUGGCUUCCAUGUCGAAACCCAUCCGCAGAAGUCUUCCACCAGGCUUGCAAGAUGGACGUCCAAAUCUUAUCGCCUGCCCACACUCCCAGGUGCUUACUUCUUCCAUUUGCGUUUUCAUGUCGAGCAAAGUGGAGCAGCUGCCCACAUAUGACGAGGUGCUCUUGUGCAAAGCGGAGACUAAUUACGAGCAAGUGGAGCUGUUUUUGAGAAGAUGCCUCAUCCCAGGGUACAAGGGGAAGAAGAUCUACGCCAUGCUUUAUGCGGACGAGCUAACUUACGAAGUCGGCUUUAAAUUUGAGCAGCUGUUUAAUCGGCUCAAGAUGCAAUGCAGGCAAGACUACCAGCUGGUUAUAAUCUGCAACUGUGACAGGGAACACUACUACAUCCCUUCAGCUUUCAGUCAGUACAAGGUGCAUGUGAUACCCCAGGAACCACUGACAAAUAUUCAGACGUACCUAUCAAGCCACUACAGAGUUCCACCUGACGUUGCUACAGCGGCUUCCGUUUUCAGAGACAGAAUGUUCGUUGGAGUUGUGUCUUCCAAAAGAGCUGGAGUUGGCAAAUCACUAUAUGUCCAAAGGCGAUAUGAAGAACUCAAACAAACUCACAACAAGGACGCUAUGCUGAAAUGCAUAAGACUGAUAGAACCAAAGGUUGAUGAAAACAAAGUCCUUCAGUCUAUAUUGCCCUUGUUAAACAGCUCCAAGCAGAACAAGCUAACAGUCUUUCAUUUUGAUAUCACAUCUUCAGUUCAGAAAGGUCUCUCUGAAUUUCUCUUUAAACUGCUGGUCUUGCAUUACUUGAUGGAUGCUGAAGGUAAAAUGUGGAAAUGCAGCAAUAGACAUCUGUAUGUCAUUGAGAUCCUUGAAUCAUCAGACUUGAAGAAGCAGACAAGACAUGGAUCAAACACUCCACAUUAUUCUUUCCUGGAUAUCUUCCCUAAAGUAUUCUGCAGACCUCCCAAAGAAGUUCUGGAGCUAGAAAUGGGCAUGCAUGACAGUCCAUACCAGGUCAUGACAGAUCCACUAAUGGAUGACCAAGAAUUCAGAAGUGAAGCCUUUCAGAGACCCUUUCAGUACCUUAAGCGGUUUCACAAAGGUGAAAACAUUGACACUUUUACUUACUGCGGCACUGAAGGAAGCCAUGUUGAGUGUCUGCAGUUGUUCUUUUUCUACUGUGGUAUAAUAGAUCCUUCGUGGUCAGAGCUGAGGAACUUUGCCUGGUUCCUGAAUUUGCAGCUAAAAGACUGCGAGACAUCUGUUUUUUGUGACUUCAAUUUCACUGGUGACACUUUACAAGGUUUUAAAAACUUUGUAGUUGACUUCAUGAUUCUUAUGGCAAAAGAUUUCGCAACACCUUCUCUCAGUAUUUCUGACCAAAGCCCUGGGAGACAACAGUUUAACUUCGAUAGGGUCACGGAAGAGGACCUUGCUCCAUUCCGUAUCAGAAAGAAGUGGGAGACGGAACCACACCCAUACAUCUUUUUCAAUGAUGACCACAUAUCCAUGACCUUCAUCGGCUUCCACCUCCAGGUGAAUGGCAAUGCAGUUGAUGCAAUUGACCCUUCGACUGGCAGAAUUAUUAAGAAAAACAUCAUGACUCCACAGCUCUAUGAAGGUCUUAGGCUUCAGAGAGUGCCGUUUAAUAUCAAUUUUGAUGAACUCCCGAGAGAGAAGAAGAUACAGUAUCUUUGCCAUGUGCUUGGAGUUCUGUGGCCCAUGGACCCUGAUGAGACCUACGAACUCACCACAGACAAUAUGCUGAAGAUGCUUGCCAUUCACAUGAGGUUCAGGUGUGGUAUCCCUGUCAUAAUCAUGGGAGAAACUGGCUGUGGCAAGACCAGACUUAUCAAGUUCCUUUGUGAACUGAGGAAGUGUGGUGCCCCCAUGGAAAACAUGAAACUUGUAAAGGUUCAUGGAGGGACAACUGCAGAAAUGAUUUACUUGAAAGUAAGGGAAGCAGAAUCCAUCUCGUGCGUCGGUAAGCAAGACUAUGGCUUUGACUCUGUCCUGUUCUUUGACGAAGCCAACACAACCGAAGCUGUAAGCAGUAUCAAAGAAGUCCUUUGUGACAAAACUGUAGAAGGAGAACCUUUGGCUGCCUCCACAGGUCUGCAGAUUGUGGCUGCAUGCAAUCCCUACAGAAAGCAUACAGAUGAAAUGAUAGGACGCUUAGAAAUGGCAGGUCUGGGUUACAAGGUUGGAGCAGAAGAGACCGAAGACAAACUGGGAUCCAUUCCUCUGCGGCAACUUGUUUACAGAGUGCAGGCAUUGCCUCCAAGCAUGAUUCCUUUAGUGUGGGACUUUGGACAGCUUAAUGAUCAUACAGAAAAUAUGUACAUCCAGCAAAUUGUGCAGAGAGUGGUUAAGACAAUCAACAUUGAUGUUGACUACAUUCCUCUCAUCACAGAUGUGUUGUCCACCUCACAGUGUUACAUGAGGCAGAGAAAAGAUGAGUGUAGCUUUGUGAGCCUGAGAGAUGUGGAACGCUGCAUGCACGUUUUUGUAUGGUUUUACAAUAAUCAUGAAAUGUUGCUCCGAGAGUUGAAAGAAUUCAUGAAUAAAGAAAAUAAAUAUGAUCAACUCGUAGAUGAAAGAAAUGAAAUUGUGUGGUCCCUGGUAAUGGCCGUCGGUGUUUGUUAUCAUGCCUGCUUGGAAAAGAAAGAUAAAUACAGAAACAAAAUCUGUGCUCACCUUCCUAAGUCUUACCAUCCUUCCACAGUCCUGCAGGAAAUCUCACUUAUGCAAGAUCUUCUAUUGAGUGGUGUGCCUUUGGGAAAGACAAUAGCACGAAACAGCGCUUUGAAAGAAAAUGUCUUCAUGAUGGUCAUCUGCAUAGAACUCCGGAUCCCACUGUUUUUGGUUGGAAAACCAGGAAGUUCUAAAUCACUGGCUAAAACUUUAGUGGCAGAUGCUAUGCAAGGCCAAGCAGCGCACUCAGAUUUGUAUAAAGAACUGAAACAGAUCCAUCUUGUUUCAUUCCAGUGCAGCCCUCACUCUACACCUGAAGGCAUCAUCAACACUUUCAAACAGUGUGCUCGCUUUCAAGAAGGAAAGAAUUUGAAGGAGUAUGUAUCGGUUGUGGUCCUCGAUGAAAUUGGCUUAGCCGAAGAUUCUACUAAAAUGCCCCUGAAGACCCUUCACCCGCUCCUGGAGGAAGGCUGCAUUGAUGACGAGCCUCUUCCACAUAAAAAAGUUGGCUUUGUUGGGAUUUCCAACUGGGCUUUGGACCCUGCCAAAAUGAACAGAGGUAUUUUUGUGUCCCGUGGAGAUCCGGAUGAAAAAGAGUUAAUCUCAAGUGCCAAUGGGAUAUGUUCUUCGGAGCCCAUGAUACGUAAGAAAGUCCAGGGAUUCUUUCGAGGGUUUGCCAAAGCUUACUUAGACAUCUGUAAAAAACAAGGCAAAGAGUUCUUUGGUCUCCGAGAUUAUUACAGUCUUAUAAAGAUGGUGUUUGCAAUUGCGAAAUCCGCUAACCAAGAGCCCACUCCUCAGCAGAUCGUGGAGGCGGUGCUCAGGAAUUUCAGUGGUAGAGAUGACGUUGAUGCUGUGGCUGCUUUCACUUCAAAGGUUAUGAUAAGCACGGACAUGGAUAAUAUUAACCCCAUUGAACUGGUCAGACAAAACAUUUGUGCAGACAGUCAGGACAGCGAAUGUCGAUACCUGCUGGUUUUGACAAAAAACUACGUUGCUCUCCAGAUACUUCAACAAACAUUCUUCUCGGACCAAAGUCAGCCAGAAAUAAUCUUUGGCUCAAGCUUCCCAAAGGAUCAAGAGUAUACCCAGAUUUGCCGCAAUAUCAACCGUGUGAAGAUCUGUAUGGAAACGGGACAAACCAUUGUUCUUCUCAACCUACAGAACCUUUAUGAAAGUCUGUAUGAUGCCCUUAACCAAUACUAUGUUUGCCUUGGUGGACAGAAGUAUGUGGACUUGGGGUUGGGGACACACCGUGUCAAGUGCAGGGUUCAUAAGGAUUUCAGGCUCAUAGUCAUUGAGGAGAAAGAAGUGGUCUACAAGCAGUUCCCUAUCCCUCUCAUUAACAGACUUGAAAAGCAUUACCUUGAUAUUAACACCAUCCUCAAGAGUGACCAGAAACAAAUUGUCGAAGAGUUGGGAAAGUGGGUGGAUGUCUUCGUUGCAGUCGACAAUCAUCAAUCUUUUGCCCAAGAGACCCAGAUGUAUGUUCCAUCUGAUGUCUUUAUUGGCUACCAUUCUGACACGUGUUCAUCAGUGGUCCUGCAAGUGGCAGAGAAACUGAAGGGAGAGGCAGACAUCACAGAAACAAAGGGAAAAGUGCUGGACGAGGCCAAACGCAUUCUGCUCAGCUGUGCCACCCCGGAUUCAGUGGUAAGGCUGAGCAACUCUCGAUUGUCAAACGUGGAGUCUGACCAGCUGGUAAAGGAGUACUUCGUGAAUCAAAGACACAGCUCACUCGCAGACUUUGUCACUUCACACACAGAGCUGGAAGAUCGAGGUGUGGCGGCAUUCACAGAGGUUACAACUUUUUCCCGGCUCCUUACAGCUUCUGAUAUUGAAAAACUGUCCAGUGAAAUUCAUGGUAUUCAGAACACUGUGCUUCUAUCCCUGCAACAGUUUGAUACUGAACACUCUUUCCUCAAAAAGAUCAGACAUUUUCUUGGUGCCAGCGUUGGAAACAAAAUCCUUAUAAUUCAGACUGAUUUUGAAGAAGAUUCUCAAAGUGCAAACCUUAUUGCAUCAGCAAAAUAUUCUGCUAUCAACGAAAUUAAUAAAACCAAGGAAAGGGGGAGAGUUUUUGUCUAUUUCAUAACUAAGCUUCCUCGAAUGGAAGGAGGGACCUCGUAUGUAGGUUUUCAUGGAGGUCCUUGGAAAUCUGUCCAUAUUGACGAUCUCAGGAGAUCGAAGGACAUCGUUUCUGAUAUCACUGCUUUAAGGAACCUCACUAUCAGCCAACUGUUUGAAGAAAAAGCUGAGCAACCUGAAGCAAUGGAGAUAGACGUCAAGACUUCUGAAAUGACAGAGCCCCCAGAAAAUGAAGAAAACAAUGACUCUGAAAACAUACUGGACACAACCUCGCUGGUUAGAAGCUGUGUGCAAAGCGCUGUUGGGAUGCUGAGGGACCAAUACGAAGGGACUAAUCGCAGCACCAAGAGAGUGGAGAUACUGCUGACACUGCUAGCAGAAGACGAGGAACUGAACGGUGCCUUUUUGAAAACCAUGAAGAGAAGACUGUACACCCUGCUGGCGAGACAUGAUGAGAACUCUCUGUCAGCCAAGAACUGGGUUUUCAAGGAAGCAACAAACAUUGAUGCCCUGCAGGAAGGAGGGACGUUCAGACACACCCUGUGGAAGCGAGUCCAGGCUGUGGUCAUUCCCUGCCUGGCCCAGGUGAUCUCUCUCAUAGACAGGGAUUGUAACCUUGACCUUCUGAUGGAUAGCAAUUCAGAUCAACUUGUGAAAAAACUCUGGAUGGACAUUUUUGGUGAUGUAAAGCUGCUAGAUAUACCCUAUGCAAGAGUUGACAAGAAUUCUGAGUCCAAGACUAUUCUUGUCCAAAACUACAUGAAACUGGAUAUGGGGGUUUGCAGUACCAUGCCUUUCAGCUGGAGGAUUAAGGAUUACCUAGAAGACCUCUGGGUUCAUGCUCUGCAACAAGAAGGACACACUGACAAGCAGUUUGAAGAGUUUUUCAGUAAAACUCCGCUCGGACGUUAUAUAUUGCAAGCAAAUGAAGAAAUGAAGAACGAAUUUUGCCACCGAUAUCUGCAAGACUUUCUGCUGAUGACAAUGAACGUCUCCUCUCAAGUGGAGUUGGAGUUUCUACACAAAGCACUGACAUCCUGUGUACAUGAGCUAAGAAUCAGCUUAGGCAUCUUGGAGGAGGUGCCCUCACUACCCUGGGUCCAUUCAGCUUAUCAUCAAUUCAAGAAGCGUCUGCAGAACUUAUCAAGAAUGAUCACUAUUUAUCCAGAAGUGGCAGCACUGCUCAAACAAAGUAAUGGAGGGGAAGGAUUCAAAAUGGAUAUAGACAUCUAUGCUGCUGCUGCCUGCAUUGAGUUGCUGGAGCCCCAUAAUUUGAAGUCCAAUGAGUCUUGUCAAGCUUGGCUGCGGCAGGUUAAGAGUCUUCAGAUUCCAGUUGAGCUAGUCUGCUCUGAGGAGUAUGCCCAGCUGUAUGGGGACCGUUGCCACGCUCUGGUCAGUUUUGUCAGAUCUGGGUGGAAUCGUAUCUUUUCGCUGUCCUUGUUUGUGGAACAUGUGUUGCUGGGAAUCGAGACUGUAAGCAAGGGGUUGGCGGAGCUGGUAGAGGAACACACUCUCAAGUUAGGAAAGUGCCUCCAGGAAAACUCUGAUUUAAAAUCCGACAAACCUUUUGUAGCUGUGAUUGACAUACUUAAAUGUUGCAAAGAAAAAGCAAGUCAAAGGUUUUUCAGGUACGGUCAGCAGCCAUGUCCUGUAUGUCUGGAGGAUCCUCGUGAUCCAGUGCUCCUGCCAUGUGAACACAUCUAUUGCAAGCCCUGUAUUGGGCAGUGGUUUGGUCCUGCACAGAUGUACUGUCCAGUUUGUAAAGCAGCUAUCCAAGAUGACUUUGAAGUGAAAGUUUCAGAAGAAAUCAGGGAGGCGGUGCAGUUGAAUGCCCUUUUCCGAAACAGAUGCAAUGCUUUUUUCAUUGAUGUGGUUUCCACUGUGUGCUUUAAGGACAAUUCUCCUCCUACAGAGAGCAUCAUCCAUCACCUUCUCUCUCUCUUACUGGUUACCAAUGAUACAAUUCCACUUGUUAACAAAGAUCGCAAGUUCCACACCAAAGCGCUUUCUCCAUUUGAUGACUCUAUAGAUAAAACUCCAGUCGUCCGAUCAGUUGUGCUCAAACUGCUCUUAAAAUACAGCUUUGAAAGAGUUAAAAAGUAUCUGCAGAAACACCUUUCAUCUGUUGAAAGAAGUAUACUUCUGGAAGACGAGGAUAAGACUGAACUCUAUGCCCUCUUCAUAAACUGUUUAAAGGACUCCAUGUAUGAGAAUGCUCAGUGCUUUACAGUCGCAGGACAGCAAACGCUGUUGGAACAGGAAAGUCAUUUCUUAAGACACGGCAUUGGAAAUAAAAGCUCCAGUGUUUCAGUGGAAUACCUUCAGGAGAUAGCGAGGAUUCAGCGCUCUCUUGACAUGGCUGCGAACUUUCUGGUUGAACCUGGCAAUUCAGGGACACAACUGCAGAUACCUGUAAGCCAGCACAUGUCAGAGUUCCUGAAAAGUGUUAAACAGUUGUGUGAAGGAAGCGGCAAUGACUGGUAUCGGAUUUACCUGGCUCGGAAAAUCUGCCGUCAGCAAGGCAUGGAGUUCGUACAGCAGCUGUUAAAUAGUAUGCACUUCAGAUGGAUAUUCCCUGUUGAAAUUGUUCAGCAACAGCAUGACCAGCCAGGCCAGAUGGAUCGGUACCUGGUAUGUGGUGAUGUUUACAGAACUUUCCGUGAUGCAGUUGGAAAGGCAAUGAUCGAGUGUAAAACAGAGGGCAUAGCAGAGGCACACACGAACUGCAACCAUCCAGCAGAUAAUCAAGCUAUGUACCUGGUCCUGGCUCUGUUCCGAGAGGUGACCAUGCUUUACGGAUCAGCAAACCAACUCAUCCACCCAAAACCUGCGCAAUGUGGGACACUAAUUGAGUUUAUCAAUAAUUCGAAUAUACUUGGCACUCAAGAGCAAAAGCACUUGGCUGACUCCUUGGUCAGAAAUAGUCUUGAAACCCUUGCUAUCCGCCCUGGUUGCCCGGGCCCAUUGCAGACGAUAAUAGAACUGACCGUUCACACUGCUGCUGUACUUUUGUGUGGAAAGGAUGGCAUUCUGGCCCCAUUGAAACAGCUGGCCUUUGCUCCAGCAAACAUGCAGAAUGCCUUCUUGCCAACAAUGCCUGAGGAUAUGAUGGCAGUAGCCCAGCAAGUAUUGGGGCAAGUGCAUUGGUAUGUGUGUCCAAAUGGUCAUCCAUGUGCUGUUGGCGAGUGUGGACAGCCUAUGGAGAGAAGAAAGUGCAUUGACUGUGGUGCUGAAAUGGGAGGAGAAAACCAUGUUCCUGUUCAAGGAUUUAAACAAAUGGAAGUAAAAGGGGAUCGAACCCAAAGUGGCCACGUUCUGGGAGACCCGCAGAAGAGAGACAGUGCAGCGAGGCUGGAUACCAGGGACAUUUCCUCUGUGCCUUUCAUACUCAUUCGAUUCCUCACUCACAUGGCUAUGCUACUGGGAGCUGCACAGGAUCCACAGUCCAUAGCUAAAAUAAUAAAGCCAGUGGUCCCAAACCCAGCGGAGUUUCUCUUGGCCCAUUUGAUGAAGGACCUGGACCAGCUGAUAAGGUCCCUGGGGAAAGGAAUGGAUGACACAGCCAACACUGUCCAUCUGAUGCUCUGCAGCCUUAUGGAACAGCACCAGAUUCAGUGGCCUGUGUGUUAUGAUGCUACUCUGUCAACUAAAGAGAAAAGAAAUGGCUGGGAGACUGCUAUUGCUUCCAGUGUUAUCACACCUGAACUCAAGAAAUUAGAACGCCAGCUGAAAGAAGUAAACGAACAAAUCCAGAAUGAUAAGCGGAUCGCCUCCAGCCCGGUUGUGAAGAUCCUGUAUGGAAACCCUGAGACGUUCCUGGCCAGUCUGCCGCACAGUGCGGUCCACUGCUCUGCCAUCUGGAGCUGCAGGGACAGGAUUUCUGUCCAGCACUUGGCUCACAUUGUUGAACAGAAUGACGGCAAAGACACUCUGCCUGUUUUAUGGAAGUUUUUGCAAAAGGAAGCUGAGCUGAGGAUGGUCAAGUUUCUACCAGAUCUGCUUGAUCUGCAAAGAGAUUUGGUUAAGAAAUUCCAGAAUGUGACUGACCUGAUGCAUGGCUCAAUUAGGGACUUUAUUCAAAGUCAACAAGCAGCAUCAUUAAGAGCAUGGUAUGAGAAGAGAAUUCAGAUCUUUCUGGCGUUAUGGAAUCAGCUGAGAACUUCACUGGCUACGAAUGGUGAAAUUAAGAUCCCUGAAGAGUACUGCAGCAGAGACCUAAAAUUGGACAGUGAGUUCCCUGUGCUUCUCCCGGGACGCCAGGGCCUCGGUCUGUGCUCCACUGCCCUGGUGAGCUACCUCAUUGCGCUCCACAAUGACCUGGUCUACACUGUGGAGAAAUUCACUGAAGAAACGAAAGGGUACACUGUGAGCCCAGCAGAUCUGAGCGACCUUCACGUCAUAAAGUACGAGGUGGAGAGAGACCUGAUGCCCCUGGUUUUAUCAAACUGCCAGUACAGCAUGGAACAUGGACAGGAGACGCUGCCAGAGUUCGAUCUGCAGAAAAUCCAGCAGCAAGUAACAAACCGGUUCUUGCGGGGCAAACCUCUCAUUACCUUCACUGGAAUACCGACACUGCUCAACAGACAAGACCGAAAUUACGAAAACAUAUUUAAGGACGUGAAAGCAAAACUUGUGCAGGAUUCGCUCCCGAAUGUAGUAAUGAACGCCCUGAGCGGGGAGUUUCAGUCGUACAGUGACGUGUGUGAGGCUCUAUCGGUGGUCGAAGUGACGCUGGGAUUCCUUGCGAAGACUGGGGGGGAGGCUGAGAUGCAGCUGGUGAAGUACGUGCAAGACAUCCUGCAGAUGGGAGAUCAGACUUCUGAACACAUACUAAAGGCGUUAAGCAGAUGUAACCUGAAGCACGUCAUUGCUCUGUGGCAGUAUCUAACUGCAAGGAAAUCGGAGUGUAUGAUUCAUCUCAAGCGGGACCCAUUUGCAGGGAUCUGCAAAGAGUAUAAAAAAAACCUCAAUGCCAAUGAGCAGAGACUCCUGACUGGGUUCUUUGCGCAAGGGAAUGUGGACACCUUCGUUCUGCUGAUGCACGAAUUCCUGCUUCUGAAUCUGAAGAACGACCAAGCUGCUGAUGUCUACAAACCUACCUGGAGCCUGAAAGACACACUGAUCCCCUACAUAGAAAGAAAAGACCUUGAUAUCCCACCAGAACUGGACGAGUUUUUUCCUAACAAAAUCUUACUGUCGCAGUGUGUCGAGUCCUGGAAAUUUGCAGUCACCUAUAAACAAGAGCGCGCGCAACGAUAAACGCUUUACAGCAACGAUAAACGCUUUACAGCAACGAUAAACGCUUUACAGCAAUGCACUCCUAACUUCACUUUAGACAACUUUUUACUGCUUGAAAAGGCAAACUUUGGAGAAAUUAUAUUGUUAAACCGUACGUUAAAUCUUGAAAUUGAAUCACAACAUCCAUUCAUGCUGUGAAGAAAUACAGCAGAUGCAUGUCCUGUAAAUGUUUUAAUUAUUGAUAAACAUUUGAUAUUGCAGUGACAGCUGUCUCUGCUGCAUAAAACUGCACAAAAAGAAAAUGUUUAUAUUGGUACAUAUGUUCCAUUGUGUUAGAAAAAGUAUCUCAAUGCACAAUACAUGUAGUUAAUGCAAUCAAGUAGUUGCAGAAUGUUCCAAAGUUAUAGAUACAGUGUGUACAGUAAUAAAUGCAUGUUGCACAAAUAAAGAAACUAUAAAGUGCAAAUUAGAAAGUGCUUCCAAGCCUAUAAAUGCAGUUUUUGAAGAGAUUUGUUGGACAGAAAGGGUAUACUUACUGUGCCUUACACCCCUACUGUCACUAUGUAUGUCCCUGCACUCUGUGACCUUUUGUUCUGUUCAGGUCUGCUGCUUUGUAUUAUGCACAUACUGUAGUUUAUGUAGAUGAAACUGCUCUUUUGAAAUACUAGAGCUGUGUGGUCUGCUUCAGCCGUUAACUCUUUCAUUGUAUACAUUCCAUCACUGUUUACAUUAUAAAACCACUGAUCAUUGGUAUUUAGAAAUCAGUCCGAUUUUGCAGGACUGUUCGCAUGCUGUAGGGUAAGGGCCCAGACUCCUGACAGAGCCUCAUGUUAAGGUGUGGCAGAAUUUAGGAUGUACCAUAGGGGUUAAACUACUGACACCCAAACCAGCUAAAGAACAUUGCACUAAACACAAUGACAUUCACCCACACUCCCUAUACAGUUAUCUUACUGUACAUUUGCAGCACUGCCCCUUAAAAAAAAAAAAAAAAACUUGCACAUAAUUUAUUACAUUAGGAUUAUCAUUUAACAAUAAAAUAGCUUUAGACAGUGAAUGCAGCAGCACAGUACAGGACAGACAGACAGUUUGCUGACUUUGUAAAAUCUGGCUGCAGUCUAUCUAAGGCUGAAUAUUCCUACA